CUCACGUGUGCGUCAGUAUAGUAUCGAGCCCAGAAGCCGGCUAAAUCCAAUCAAUCUCUUCAUCCCAGUGCCGUGCGGUCUCCUUCGCAACCGGCUCCGCCGGCAUCCACGUCGUCCGACGUAGUUCGCGGAAAUCCACGUCUCGUUUAAAACCGCACGACAGCGAAUUCGAUGCGCGGCAGUGCACCGCGGAUGCGGCCGCGAUGUCCGGCUCCUCGGAUAACUUUUAUCUGCUGACGAGCAGCGACGAGGAGGGCUCCUCCGGCAGCGAGAGCGACAUCACCUCGAAACGAUUCACCAAGUACCGGUUGCCGAUCUAUAGCGACUCCGAGGAGGACAAUAACGAUCGUCAGGCCGGCGCCGAGUGGACGGAGAUCGAUGCGCCGCCGGAAGUGCACUCUUUCCGCGGAGAACCUGGUCCGCGGGGAUUAGAGGACGCCGGAAACGUGAAGCAGACGGUGCAGCUGUUCGUCGGGGAUGAUCUGGUCCAGUCGUUCGUUGACGAGACCAAUCGCUACUUCCAGCACGACAAGCAGAACCUCUUCACCCCGACGACCUCGAAGACCGCGACAUGGACCGACGUCACAGUCGCCGAGAUGAAGAAGUUCCUGGCACUGAUCGUGAUCAUGGGCCAGGUGGAGAAGGACGACCGCAACGACUACUGGUCGGCCGAUCCCCUAAUCGCCACCCCCAUCUUCUCGCAAACCAUGACGAGGAACCGGUUUCGGCAGAUCUGGCAGGGUUGGAACUUCGACGGCGACGAUAUCCCCGAGGAAAACAAAUCGAUCAGCAUCGCGAGCGUCUUGGCGUACUUCAUAAGGAAGUUCCAAGGGGUCUACAAGCCUGGCAGAGAUCUACGAUUGAGCGAGACCGUGAUCCCUUGGAGGGGAAAGUUGCCUUUCGGUUCGCAUAAUUCCGGGAAGAGCGAGAAGCAUAGGAUCCUGGUGCGCACUGUCUCCGAGGCGCUGACAGGCUACAUUUCGAACUUGAAGGUGUACUAUGAGCAGGAUCAGAAGCUGAACGAGAGUGUUCUGAACAUCCUGCAGCCGUACCUAAACCUCUGGCACCACGUCUACGUGGAUAACUAUUACGACAAUAUAAGGACCAUCGAGAAAUUGCUGGAACGCGGGACGAGGGUCUGCGGGAUCAUCAACCGGAACACCUGCAUUCCGGACUGCCUGAAGCAUUUUAACCUGCAGAAGUACGAGGCGAGGUUCCGCAGGAAAGGCGACGUGCUGAUCCAGGCCUGGAAGCCGAAGCACAAGACCGUCUACGUCAUCUCGACGAUCCAUUCCGCCGAUCUGAUCGGCACCGGGAAGUCCAGCAAAAGGACCAACGAGGAGAUCAAGAAACCAGCCUGCGUCGUCGAGUUCAAUAAACUGUUGAAGUCCGUGAACAGAGCCGAUCAGUAUUCGUGCUACUCGAUUCUCAGACGAUCGAAGCGGUGGCAGAAGAAAGUAGUUCUCUAUCUGAUCAAUUGCGCUCUGUUCAACGCUUUCGUCGUCCACAAACAGAGCUGCAAGAGCGAUCUCCACUUUAAGAAGUUCCUGUUGUGCGUCGCUCGCGAUUGGAUCACCGCCGAGGAAGUCGCCGUGGCUUCCGGGGAUCCGCAACCGAGUUCGUCGAUGCCGAAUAAACGAGCUCCGAAGUAUGAUCCUCCAUCGAGGCUGUCCUUGGACAUGCGGGAGCACACGAUCACCAAAAUUGUCGGCAGCGGGAAGAUAGAGAACCCUCGGCGGCCGUGCAGAGUGUGCACCGCUGCGAAGAAACGCAGUUCUACCGUGUUCAUGUGUUCCACCUGCGGUGUUGCAUUGCACGUUGGCAAGUGCUUCGAGAAGUAUCACACCUUGGAAAAAUAUUAGCGCACCGCUUGGCACUUAUUAGAGACUUGCUAAUUAUCCCGUGACAUGAGGUGCGAAUAUUUGCCACAGUACCUCCUUUGUACUCUACUAGUACAUACUUCGAACAUUGCACUUUGCUUCGCAUAUGUUUGUAUGCGAUGGUAAAUAUUUCUGUACGAUAGUAAAU